GGGGUGUGUUUACCAUCCAUCAAGAAUUCGUAGCACAUCAACAUCAGAUCAUUAUUUUCUACAACAUCGUACAAGGUCAUCCUGCGAAUCUUUGCCAGAACCAUCCGGUUGAACAAUCAGGUUCUUAUCUAUCGGCGACUCACUCCGGAUCUCGAUAUUUUCGAAAAGGCGGUCUCUACACGAUUUGCGCGGCGCCGCCUUCCUAUACCAGGCCGGCCGCAAAAUGGCUCGCGUCUAUGCGGAUGUCAACCAGCAGAUGCCACGGGCAUAUUGGGAUUAUGAUAGCGUAAAUAUUACCUGGGGCGUAUUGGAGAACUAUGAAGUUGUGCGCAAGAUUGGACGAGGAAAGUAUUCGGAAGUCUUUGAGGGAAUCAAUGUAGCCAACUACCAAAAAUGUGUGAUUAAGGUGUUGAAGCCGGUCAAGAAGAAGAAGAUCAAGAGAGAGAUCAAGAUCCUACAGAACUUGUCAGGAGGCCCAAAUAUUGUCGCCCUCCUUGACGUUGUUAGGGAUAGUCAAAGCAAAACACCUUCGUUGAUUUUCGAAUUCGUCAACAAUACCGACUUCCGUAGCCUUUACCCCAAGUUUAUCGAUUAUGAUGUCCGAUUUUAUAUUUAUGAGCUCCUGAAGGCAUUGGACUUUUGUCACAGCAAAGGCAUUAUGCACAGAGAUGUCAAGCCUCACAACGUGAUGAUUGAUCAUGAGAACAGAAAGUUGAGACUUAUCGAUUGGGGUCUUGCGGAAUUCUAUCAUCAAGGCACCGAGUACAACGUUCGAGUCGCAUCAAGAUAUUUCAAGGGACCAGAAUUGCUUGUUGACUUCCAGGAAUAUGACUACUCCUUGGAUAUGUGGUCGUUAGGUGCCAUGUUUGCUUCGAUGAUCUUCCGAAAGGAACCAUUCUUCCACGGAAACAGCAACUCGGAUCAAUUAGUCAAGAUUGCUAAAGUUCUCGGCACUGAAGAUUUAUUCGACUACCUCGACAAGUAUGAAAUUGAGCUCGACGCACAAUAUGACGAUAUCCUAGGCAGAUUCCCAAAGAAGAACUGGCACAGCUUUGUCAACGCUGAGAACCAACGUUUUGUUACGAAUGAAGCUAUCGACUUCUUGGAUAAACUUCUCCGAUAUGAUCACCAAGAACGUUUGACUGCUAAGGAAGCCAUGGCUCAUCCUUUCUUUGCACCUAUCCGUGCUGAUGAAGCGGCCGCACGUGGUACCCCAGCUCCUACUACAUGAUUCCACUCUAACCCAUACGACUUUAAAAACCUACCCGACAUUCAUAUACGGGCUCAUUUUUGACUUUUAAGGUUCACAUGAGCUAGUCCAAUUCUGAAUAGCGUUAUGCCAUUUGGCUUGAUAAUGUUCUUCUCUCAGAGCCGCAUUCCAUACUUCACUUUAAUACAUCGAGUAUGAGAAUUAUGGGGAUGUUCGUUUCGAUCGGAGGAUCUGGAGGAGGGUUGCGGGACCAGGCGUUGAUGAAUUUUUUUACACGACCGAAGUUGCAUACCCUCUGCUCUUACUUUUCGUCGAGCAUUGAAAGUUUUAAUGCAAAUUCUAGAUAGGCUAAAUCAACUCAAGAUUUUGUGUUUAUCGCUUUAUAUUCCAUGCGCGGUCUUUCAAAAUAUAAUAUAUUGUUCUCUGCUCCCUCUUGUCCCCA